GAAAUCCAGGCAAAACGCCGUCUGUACGACCAGCCGUCGAGCAGUCUGGACAGCUAUGCGCAGCUGAGCGAAAACCUAAUCGACAUCCAGAACAUUAUGCGAAAGAACAUCGAUGAAGUGGUGCAUCGCGUGGAAAAGCUUGAUCAUGUGACGGCGACGAGCGAGCAGCUGAUGGAUGAUUCGAAGAAAUACAAGUGGGGAGCGAAGAAGCUGAAUUACAUGACGAUGCUCCGAAAGUAUGCGCCGCUUGCUUUCAUUGUGGGAUUUGUACUGAUAGUAGUUUACUUCCGUUUUCGAUAA